AUGUAUUCUGACUCAGAUUCCGAUUUUUACGGUGACGAUGACCUGGUGGCAGACCUGGAAUUGAGAACCAGCAAGUUUGACACAAACUCCUGGUGGCUCCGGCAACAGGCAUACCCCACGCCACUCAGGUUGCAGGCCCAGAAACAGCAACAAGCAAAACAAACGACGCGUCUACACAACCCCUAUGCAGACGUCCCGUACGCCUGGCAGCUCUCAGAGACCGUAGACGACUUCCUGCAGCGUCUUCCUCCGGCAACAACGGACGAAAUACCUGGAAAUUCCUGGAUUUGGAUAUGCAACCCCUACAUUGAGCGCAAGCCCAAGAACGAGGCGCAGAACCAGAACAUUCGUGGCUGUGAGGAUGAAGGUCCAGAGGAGGAAGGCACGAACCUAGCCCGCUUCAUCGAGGGUGGUAUGGAGCGACUGCACUUUGUGUCCCAAUUCGUCGACCAGUUCAAGCAGUCGUGCAAGUCCAAGAUGGUUCUCACGCGGGAGACUAAUAAGGCUGGCAACGAUGCCGCACAUGCCAUACUGAAUCUGGCCCAAGCCCUGCGCGUCAGAUGCGGCAAAUGGAUGUUAUUCUGUUCUGUGCACGCGGUGAACGAGGUCUGGGGGGUCAUUGCAAAGGCAACUGCGAAAAACGAGCUAGGCAUCGGUGCCAAGGUCGCAACCAGAUCUGAUGUUGACCAGAGAACCGAGAGGCUCAUCUGUGUCUACACCGCCGAUUUCGGCGAUAUAGAGGACGUCAAGCGAGUGGCAUUGAGACUGAAACAGCUGGGUCUGGUUCAGCCGAGAGGCAAAUCACUGUACUACAAACCAGACGCCUACACUUACCUCGGCAUUUCGUCCCAGAACCCCUGGGGAGUUAGAGCGUCACUCUACAACACGACCGAUAUUUUGGGAAAAGCUUCGACGUGA